AAUAGAUAAAACUCUUUUUCUAAAAAUAAAAGAUCAAGCCCUAUUGGUUGUUCAAGUUUAUGUUGAUGAUAUUAUUUUUGGUGCUACUAACGAAUCUCUUUGUGAUGAGUUUUCUUCUCUUAUGAGUUCCGAAUUUGAGAUGAGUAUGAUGGGGGAACUUAAUUUCUUCCUUGGCCUACAAAUCAAGCAAUCAAGCAAAGGAACUCAAAUAUCUCAACAAAAGUACCUCAAGGAACUCCUAAAGAAGUACGGAAUGAGUAAAGGCAAAACCAUGACUACACCCAUGGGAACAAAUGAUAGGCUGGAUGCGGAUGAACAAGGAAAGAGCAUAGACCAAAAGAUGUAUCGAGGAAUGAUUGGGUCUCUACUGUACCUCACUGCCAGUAGACCUGACAUCGUUUUCAGCGUAGGUCUAUGUGCUCGGUUCCAGGCCAAUCCCAAAGAAUCUCACCUCAAGGCUGUGAAAAGGAUCCUCAAA